AUGGAGUUAUUUUUCUACGCUGUGUUCGGUGGAUUAGCCGCUGUUGUUGCAGUUCUUGAGCUUAGCAAAAACAAUAAGGAUCGAAUCAAUACUUCUUCGGUUUUCAAUUCCUUCAAAAACAAUUACCUACUCAUUUAUUCUCUCAUGAUGGCUGGUGAUUGGUUGCAAGGUCCAUAUGUCUACUACCUUUAUAGUACAUAUGGAUAUGGAAAAGGGGAUAUUGGACAACUCUUCAUUGCUGGCUUUGGGUCUUCAAUGUUGUUUGGAACAAUUGUGGGAUCUCUGGCUGACAAACAGGGACGGAAGAGGGCCUGUGUGACCUACUGUUUAACCUACAUUGCGAGUUGCAUCACCAAACAUUCUCCUCAGUACAGAAUUUUGAUGGUGGGCCGUAUCUUGGGAGGCAUUGCCACUUCACUUCUGUUUUCAGCAUUUGAGUCAUGGCUUGUUGCGGAGCAUUUCAAGAGGGGCUUUGAUCAGCAAUGGCUGUCAUUAACAUUCUCGAAGGCCAUAUUUCUUGGAAAUGGUCUUGUCGCCAUUUUUUCUGGGCUGUUUGGAAAUGUCCUUGUUGAUACAUUGGCUCUUGGACCAGUAGCUCCCUUUGAUGCUGCUGCAGGUUUUCUUACAAUUGGUAUGAUCAUCAUAUUAUCUACAUGGACAGAAAAUUACGGGGAUGCUUCUGAAAACAAGAGCUUGCUUGCCCAAUUCAAGGGUGCUGCUGUGGCCAUUGCUUCUGAUGAAAAAAUAGCCUUGCUUGGUGCGAUACAGUCUCUCUUUGAAGGUUCAAUGUAUACCUUUGUGUUCCUAUGGACUCCUGCAUUGAGUCCAAAUGAUGAAGAGAUUCCCCAUGGUUUUAUUUUUGCAACAUUCAUGUUAUCGUCAAUGUUGGGAAGCUCACUUGCAUCCAAGUUGAUGGCUCGUUCAUCAUUCCGUGUAGAGAGCUAUAUGCAAAUUGUUUUUGUAGUUUCUUCUGCUUCUCUAAUGCUUCCUAUUCUUACCACCUUUUUCGCAGUUCCUUCCAAAGCAACAGGUGGCGGUCUCUCAUUCGCUGGGUGCAUUCAGCUUCUCGGCUUCUGUACUUUUGAAAGUUGUGUUGGCAUAUUCUGGCCAUCUAUUAUGAAGAUGAGAUCCCAAUACAUUCCUGAAGAAGCCAGGAGCACCAUCAUGAACUUUUUCCGCAUUCCUCUAAACAUUUUUGUGUGUGUUGUGCUGUACAAUGUUGAUGCAUUCCCUAUCACCGUUAUGUUUGGCAUGUGCUCAAUUUUCCUCUUCAUGGCUAGUAUCUUACAAAGGCGACUACUGGUGAUUGCAGAUAAGCCAAAAACAGAAGAUUGGUCAUUGAAGGAAAGGGACACCGAGUCAGAGCCGUUGAACCUGUAA